UGAUAUCCAGAACUCCAGAUACCAAUUGUUAAGAAAAAGGCCACUGUUCACAAGACCUUGUUGUUUAAGAAGUCAGUCAUGCCAUUACCUCCGUUAACCAAACCGGUACCCAAACCAGAAAUUAUCAAGAGUAUAUGUGUGUUCUGUGGAGCAAAUGAAAGUGUUGAUUCGUCCUACUUCGAGCAAGCAAAUGCUCUAGGAAACUUAAUGGUUAAGAAGGGCUAUAGUCUCAUUUAUGGAGGACAGGUCGGCUUAAUGGGUGCUGUUGCAAAGGCUGUAGUUGAAGGCGGCGGCAAAGCCAAAGGCAUUGUUCCUGUUCCACUCUACCGAAAUGGUAGCAACCAAUUCACCGAGACGGUCAUCGUUCCUGAUAUGCACACUCGCAAGCAAAUGAUGAGCGAAGAGAGUGACGCUUUCAUCGCUCUUCCCGGUGGCUUUGGUACGAUGGAAGAACUGUUGGAGGUUAUUACAUGGUCUCAAUUGAACAUUCACUCCAAACCCAUCAUUUUGCUGAACACCAAUAAUUACUACGAUCUAUUCACACAAUGGAUCAACCAUUGUGCUGGCGAAAAAUUCAUCAGUGGCAACAAUAAGGAUAUCUUUGUAGUUUGUAACUCGGUUGACGAGGUGGAGGACGCUCUAAACAACUACGAACCCCCAGCCUCCCGCUACGGUCUGGAUUGGACCGACAAAAGCACGGAUCGUAGCAACCUCAUAUAAGCACCUAGGGAAAUAUUCAAGCACAUUUUGGGUUGGUUUUUUUUAGCUGAUAAAUUCACCAUACCGUUAGUAUUGCGAAUUUGGUGAUUAUUGAAGUAGUUGAAGUACACCAUUUUAAACAAAGCAUUGGCGGGCUAACCAUACAUAUGGUAGGAUUCCACUUCCUGCCAUAAGAGAAUUCGAAGAGCCAAC